CAUUUCCCAUGUGGCGUUGCGCAGGCUGAAGGUUGAUGGUGGAAAAAAGUUCUCAUAGUUGUUUUCAUGCCAGUGUGUGGUUAAAGUCAGCCUCUUGUAAGACUGUUGAAGCUGUUUGAAGACAUCUAAGGGACCAGAACCUCUUAAAGAUGGGAAGUGAACCAGGCCCAGUUCAGAUCGUCACAGUGUGUAAGGAGGAUCACUCCUUUGCUUUGGACACGGAGGCAUUGGCUAAGAUCCUCUUAGCCCCUAAAGUCCGAGACAAACACGUGGUGGUGCUGUCAGUGGCCGGAGCCUUCAGAAAGGGCAAGAGCUUCCUGCUUGAUUUCAUGCUCCGUUACAUGUACAGGCAGAGUGAUGGAAACUGGCUGGGUGAUGAUGAUGAGCCGCUGACUGGGUUUUCAUGGAGAGGAGGUUCAGAGCCAGAGACAACAGGCAUCCAGCUGUGGAGCGAAGUGUUCCCCGUCCAGAAGAGCGAUGGAACAGAGGUGGCAGUAUUGUUGAUGGACACUCAGGGAGCCUUUGAUAACCAGUCCACCGUGAAGGACUGUGCCACCAUCUUUGCCCUCAGCACCAUGACCAGCUCAAUUCAGAUCUACAAUCUGUCACAGAACAUACAGGAGGACGACCUGCAGCAGCUUCAGCUGUUCACCGAGUAUGGUCGCCUUGCCAUGGAUGAGAGCUUUCUGAAACCCUUUCAGAAUUUGAUGUUCCUAAUCAGGGACUGGAGCUUUCCUUAUGAAUAUACCUACGGGUUUAAAGGAGGCAAUGAGUUCUUGGAUAAACGGUUACAGGUGAAGGAGUCCCAACAUGAGGAGCUACAAACAGUGAGGGAGCACAUCCAUUCCUGCUUCACCCAGAUUUCCUGCUUCUUGUUGCCUCACCCAGGGUUGAAUGUUGCUACCAGCCCUUAUUUUCAGGGGCAACUGAAGGAUGUGGCCCCGGAGUUCAGAGACCAGCUGCAGAGUCUGAUUCCUAAACUUCUGCACCCGGAUCGUCUGGCUGAGAAAGAAAUAAAUGGAAACAAAGUCACUUGCCGUGGCCUGCUGGAGUUCUUCAAGGCCUACAUCAAGAUUUACCAGGGAGAAGACUUGCCACAGCCAAAGACGAUGCUCAUGGCUACGGCAGAGGCUAAUAACCUGGCAGCCGUGGCAACCGCCAAAGAUCAGUAUUACAAGAACAUGGAGAAGAUGUGUGGAGGGGAUUUGCCCUACGUGUCUCCUGAAUCUCUGGAGGAAAAGCAUCACUUUUACUUCCGAGAGGCUCUUCACGCUUUCUCCUCGACAAAGAAGAUGGGCGGACAAGAGUUUUGUGAUCGUUACCAAACACAGCUGGAGAAGGAGAUGGAGGACAUGUGGCAGUCGUUCAUCAAACACAAUGAGUCAAAAAAUCUCUUCAGCGCCUUCCGGACCCCCGCAGUGCUGUUUGUCCUGGUGUGCCUCCUCUACGUGCUGUCGGGCGUGUUGCUCUUUGUUGGCCUGUCCACCUUCGCCUUGGUGUGUGACUGUACUCUGGGCGUGGUCAUGAUGUCAAUGCUGAUGUGGGCCUUCAUCCGCUACUCUGGCCGGUAUCGGCACGUAGGAGGAGCCAUCGACCAGGCUGCAGGUGUCGUCCUGGAGCAGGCCACCGUCGCGUUGAACAAGUCGCGAGGUCCAAGCACUGGUGACCAGAAGAAAUCCAGUUAGAGGACCUCUGAACCUUCAUAAUCUUGAUGCAAUUCAACCAGGGCACAAAACAAGCACACACAUUCAGCACUAAAGCCUUAUCAUGCCACCCAUUGGAACAAAUAUGCAGCUAAAACACUUUGGCACAAGGUAAAAAUAUGAUGCCAACACACCAGCAUCUUUAUUAUGCAUGUUACUCCGCCUGUUAGAGUCCAGGCUCAUGCAAAGGUAACUGAAUUCACACCACCCCGAUGUCUCUUAUCCAUACGUUGUCUUAAAUUGACACUGCCAUCAUUUUACAAGUUUACACUUGGUCUUAAAAGACAAGUCGAUGUUUACCUUUAAACUUUAUAAAAACUUAGAUUUUCUAUUUAAGCUGAAUGCAUCUUAUUUGGCUGUGUCAAGGGUGGUCAGGGUGCAUUUCAGACAAAGCUUCUGCAUCUAUCUUUAAAUAAUUACCUUUGCUGGCUUUAAAGCUCAUGCAUAUAUACAUAUUUCUUUGUGGCUAUAUUUUUUUUACUUUGUGGCCUUAAAAACAUUCCUCUAUGUUUUUCGAUUUGCUUUAUAUUUGAUAUAAACUAGCAUUUCGAGACGGGUUACUAAUUUGAAAGAAGAUGAUAUGCACUCUCCUAUAUAGCACAGUAGGUUUUGGGAGCUGCAUGUAAUCAGAUGAAUCUCAUGUUUCAAGCACUUUGAUAUUUUUUCCUUGAUGGAAAUGUGUUACACUUUAUAAUUUGGAUACUAAACCCUUACACACACACGCAUAUAUAUAGGAACUGCAAAACUUUCCAACUCCAAAGAUGACACAUUAUUGGAAUACUCAAAGGUGUUGAGCACCAAACAAUACCAGUCAGCCAAAGAGUUAGCUUUAAAUAUUUGAAUCAUACUUUGGCCUUGUAUCAUUUCAAACCUCAGUAAAUAUAAGCUAACAUAUAGUUGGUAUUCUAAACAGGACAGCUUUAUUCCUUCCAGAUUUAUAAAUUGCAGCACUUCAGGAGAUUCUGAUCAAAUUUGGUGGGUGGCAGAAAUCAUUAAGUCAUGUAGUAAUGUUAGUAUGUUUGCACCUCAUGAAAUUAUCUCCUGCAUCAUGCCUUUAGGGCCUGUGCUAUCAGAGAGAAUACUUAGUGAUAUAUCACUGUGAUGCAGUUUAUAGUGGUAACACUGGUGAUGUGGCUGCAGUUAAAUGGGAUGUGGGAUAUUUCAGCAGUUCGUAAAAGGCCCUGAUGUGAUUCUCUUUGAAUAAGACAAACUUUCUUUUGGUAAAAUGAUCACAUAGCUAUCAAUCCAGCUUGAAACUAUUGCCUACUUCGGUCAGAGCUUCAGAUGACUUAAACGUAAUGGUUGAAUAGCAUAAUAAAGUCCUAUUACAGGAAAGGAAAAAUAAUAAAUUUGGGCUGACUUGUUAUUUAGCUCCUCGUUUACUUGCAGCCAUUUCAUCAGUCAUACAGGGGCUUACAAAGGUGGACUACACAGUGGAUUAAAUAGGCUUUAGUUUUCCCUCUUUGGGGUCAAGCAGGCCUUCUCAGGCCAACUUCUAAUGAAUCAAGUAUUGGAUUAAAGGACUGCAACCAUGCCCUACAUCUCUGAAUAUGAUGAAAUGCAGAUUGACGAUUCAGGAAAAUGGCUUAUCAAUGCCAUACCACCUGAGAGCAAAACAUCGGAUCCCGUAGUCUUUUGUAAUCAAUAUAAACUGUACACUUCAACACAAAAGUGGAAACACAAAAAGCUGAUUAACCAUGCUUUAAUUUCACAGUGAUCCCAUGCCAAAAAAUAAAUAAAUGUGGAAAUAUGAAGGAUGGCAGAUUUCCUCAUUCCAUGAUUUUUGACCAUCUUUUUGCACUUUCCAUGUCUGCCCCUCUUCACUUCAAGAUGUUUAACAAGCACCUAUUGCACUUCCUCUCCUCUUUGGUGCUUUUUGCACACAACUCAUUCCAAAAGUGAAUAAAUGCUUGCAGUAUAUUGUAGUAACUCCUAAUGUAAUCAUCUCCUGCAGGGCUAUAUGGUGGCCUUGAUUUGAGAAAUGCUGUUUUAUAAAGAAUAAACAGAGCUUGAAACUGUU